AUGAGAAUAAUAAUUAAAGGAGGUAUCUGGAAAAACACGGAAGACGAGAUCUUGAAGGCUGCUGUUAGUAAAUACGGCAAGAAUCAAUGGGCUCGUAUAUCUUCGUUGCUGGUUAGGAAAUCACCAAAACAAUGCAAAGCUAGGUGGUAUGAAUGGUUAGAUCCUAGUAUUAAAAAAACUGAAUGGUCCAAAGAGGAGGAUGAAAAAUUACUUCAUCUUGCUAAGCUGAUGCCUACACAAUGGCGAACAAUUGCGCCUAUUGUAGGAAGAACACCAUCUCAAUGUCUUGAACGAUAUCAGAAAUUAUUAGAUGAGGCUGAGGCGAAAGAAGGAGCAGAUUUAGAUUUAACUGGGCCAGUUGGAGAUGCAGAAAAAGAAAUGUUAUCAGAAGCUCGAGCUCGUUUGGCUAAUACACAAGGUAAAAAAGCUAAACGUAAAAAGAAGAAAAAAGGAAUGGAUUAUAAUGCUGAUAUACCAUUUGAAAAGAAACCAGCUCCGGGAUUUUAUGAUAUUUCCGAUGAAAAGAACCGGCAAUUAGAACAAGGUUUUUCUAGUGGCCUUCAUAAAUUGGACGGUAAACGAAGGUCUGACGAUGAAACUGAGGGCGGUCAAAUUAAUUUUGUACCAGCUAAAGCUUCACAAUUGAAUAAGCUUAAACAGGCUGAACAAAUAAAUAAAAGAAGAAAACUUGUUCUUCCAUCCCCACAAGUGGGAGAAAACGAGCUUGAAGAAAUUGUAAAAAUUGGGUUUGCUGGAGAAAAUGUUAGAGCUGUUGUUGGAGAAACCGAUAAUGUUUCUUCACUUGGCGAUUAUACACCGUCUACAUCUGGCUUGCCAUUGAGAACACCAAGGACGCUUGGUGGUUCUAUGCAAACACCAAGGACUCCUGCUACAAUAUUGUCUCUUAGGACCCCAAGAACGCCUGCGUCAGCUAGUGCAGCAACGAUAAAGCAACUUAGAGCUGGGCUGUCCAAUUUGCCAGCACCGAAAAACGAUUUUGAAAUUGUUUUACCUAAUAUAGAAGAAGAAGAGCGAGUACGACUUUUACGCAGAUCUCAAGCUAUCCAACGCGAUCUUCCUCGCCCUACUCAAAUCAAUCCGAAAUUAAUUCUUGAAGUUGCUUCAUAUGAAAGUCCUUCCGGUGAUCUUCUGGAGAUUGAAAAGUUAAUAAACGCGGAAAUGGUACAAUUAUUGAAUCAUGAUGCAAUUAUGUAUCCAAUUCAUGGAAGUAAGAUUGUUGGUGGAAAUGUAGACGAAUCAUUUGAGGAAUUUCCUGAUGAUUUAAUAGAUAAAGCAAGGAAAGCCAUUGAUGAAGAACUUGCCAUUUCUACCAACGAUAAUCUUAUCAUUUCUGAAGUAGAUAAUUUUUACGAUAUUUGGCAACGAUUACAUGAAAAUCCUGAAAAUAGCUAUUUUCCAAAGGAUCUAGAAGUGAACACCACUAAAGCAACCAAAUUAGAAAAAAAAUUGAAUGUUACAUUAGCUGGUUAUCUGGCUCGUUCUCGAACUUUAUCAAAAAACAUUUCGGAAAUGUUUGAAGAAAUUGAACAGGCAAAAAUUGAAUUAAAUUCUUUUCGAUCAUUAAACAUUUCCGAGAAGGAUACUAUCCAAGAUGAAGUUAAUUAUCUUAUCAAGCGCGAAUCGGAACUUCAACAGAGAUAUGCUCAACUCUCAACUGAAAAACACGAAUUACAAGAGCGAAUUAAUAGUUUACAAAAAGAAAAAGAAAACAAAGAUAAUCAAGAGCUAAUAAAUGAAUAA